CGUAGACUGAGUUAGGGUUGGGAUGAAUGAAGAUUGCUAUAACAUAUUGGUGGAUUCGAGAGGACGAAUGCCUGAUGAAGGGAUGAACACUUUACCUGCUCAGAGGACGACGUCGAAGCUACCUCUGAAGAGAAAGAUGAACAGUUUACCUGCUCCAUUUAGGGUACCAUUCCAUGAAAGUAGCGGGGAUGAAGGAAUCAAUAGUGAUGAAUUUGGUGAUAUAUUCAUUGAACUGCCUUCAUUGAAUGAAUCUGUCAAUGUAGCAAAUGUUCAUAAUACCUGCCAGUUUACUGAAGGUAUCCAAUUUGAGGAAAUUGCUGAUGGGCUAGAUGGGUACGAUAUGAAUGAAUCAGAUGAUAUGAAUGAGUCAGAUGAUGAAUUAGGUCAUUCUAGUUCUUAUACAGAUGAAGGGAGUGACAAGGAUGAAGUACACACAGUCCAAUAGUCAGAAGAAGUGCAGCAAAUGUCUUUCUUUUGGGCACAACAAGAGGUCAUGCCAAGGAGGGCCAAUUGCUAGGGGUGCUAAAAGUGGUGGAAGGACUGGUACAAGGGCUGGUGCAAGGGCUAGUGGAAGGGCAGGUGGAAGGGCUAGUGCAACAGGGGGUGGAAGGGCAGGUGGAAGGGCUAGUGCAACAGGUGGUGGAAGAGGUGGUGGAAGGGUUGUUGGAAGAAGUGUUGGAAGCACUGCUGGGAGUGGUGCUGGAAGGACACGGGGUAGAAGAGGUGGUGGAAUUGGAAUGACCUACCACCAGUAAGUACGUAUAUAUUUACGCAGAGUUGUUGACACAACUAGUGUUUACUACAACUAGUUGUUGCUACAACCAUUUUUGCUCACUGCACAGAUGCAAUGCAUGGAUUAUAACUGAUUUUUUGGUCCCUGUAAAUUCUAGACAUGACAUGAAGCUCACUUUUUUUGGAUAAGUACUUAGAGCGAACUAAGUUUGCUAGAUUUAGACAACAACAAAGUACAAACACAUUGCACUUGCAGUUUUUUG